AUGCUUUCUUUAAGGAGGAAGGUGGACCCAAAAAAUGUACGAGUCAGAAAGAAACUGAUCAAUUCACACUCUGCCUCCGAAGAUAACAUGUCUCUUUCGUCAGCUCCUGUAAAUUCUACAGGGACGAGUUCUAGUGAUCCAAGAAGGAUUGCAUCCAUUAAUGCACAAGACAAUAAACUUUUUUCCGAAACAGAUAACUCAUUCUCUGAUUUUGAUAGCACCUAUUCAAUUUUUAAUUCUAUAUUCGACAGACUGAAAAGCCCAGACCCACAAGACCGAUCGAAUGCCACUAAAGAACUAAAGGAAUCCCUAAUUUCUAUUUCAAGGGAUUUAUCAGUUGAACAAUUCCAAAGAUUCAGUAAUAUCAUCAACAACAAAAUAUUUGAACUGCUCCAUGGUGCAACAACUGAGGAAAAAAUUGGUGGUAUCACCGCCGUAGAUACUCUUAUUGCAUUCUACUUACACAUCGAAGAGCUUCCAAACCAAACGGCUAGAUUGGCAAAUUACCUUCGAAUGGUUCUACCGUCUAAUGAUAUGGGUGUGAUGCGUUUGGCAGCCUCAACACUAGGUAAGCUAGCUGUACCUGGAGGUGGUACAAUCACAUCUGAGUUUGUUGAAAGUGAGGUUAAAAAUUCUCUGGAAUGGUUAACAUCAGUACCAGAAAAUAACACAAAUUCUAAACUAGAAUAUAAAAAGCAUGCAGCAUUACUUAUUUUAACAGGGCUGGCAGAUAAUUCACCUUACCUCUUAUACCCAUUUAUUGAUGACAUAUUGGAAAACAUUUUAAAUGCUGUCCGAGAUAACAAAAUCGUUAUCAGAGAGGACACAGCCAAGUUACUAGGGAAAUGUCUAAUUGUGCUGCGAACCAGAAAUAAUUCACAUGAAAAUGAGAAAUGGGUAGAGAGAUUAUUCAAAGAAUGCGACUCAGGGUUUACUUUUGGUGGAAUUGAAUAUGUACAUUCGAGUUUAUUAAUAUAUCAUGAACUUUUGUCAUCUGAUAAUAAUAGACUUAUUAAGAAUAAAAUAAAUGAAAUGUUUAAAAAUUGCAUGCACUGGAGAGAACACAAAUCUGAAGUUGUGAGGCAAGAAGUUUACAGGGUGUUCCCAUUAUUUUCCAAGUUUAAUCGCAAAAUUUUUAUAUCAAAAUAUAUGGAUCCAAUUGUAAAGUACUGCCUUAAAGCAUUAAAGUCGAUGAGGGUUAAUUUUAUGAAUAUUGGCGAUCGUGGUGCGGUACUAAUGGCCCUGGGUGAUGUCGCUUUUGAAACAGGGCAUAAUAUAACUCCAUACCUAGAUGAGAUAAUCUAUAAUAUAACAGAUGGACUUAAAAUGAAAUACAAGAUCCGGAGGCCAUUUGAGGAAGAUUUGUUCUACUGUGUUCAGAAAUUGUCUAUUGCUAUUGGUCCAGCUCUACUCAAGUACCUAAACAAGGAUAUCUUAAAUCUUAUGUUACAGUGCUACCCCACACAAUAUAUGCAAGAUACACUAGCAACAAUAAUAAGCAAAACUCCUUCUGCUGAAAAAGGAAUAGACGAUCAUCUCUGUGCGUCACUAUCCAAGACACUCUAUGGUGGUAGAUUUUACUCAUCAGGACCCCGUACAAGUACCAAACCUGUAAAUAUCAAGGAAGCAAGAAAAUAUAGAAACAGAUUAUACUUUAAUGCAAAUAGGGAGAGUAAUAGUGAUGAGAAUGACUGCAAAGUAUUAGUACAAUCAUUAAAAAUGUUGAAAGAUAUAUCUGGUACAACAUCUAUAAAAAAAUUAACUAGCCUGGUUAUCAUUGAUUAUACUGCCCAUGAAGACCCCGAAGUUAGAAAACUCGCAGCUUUAAUAUCUUGCAAGGUGUUUUCUAUGACUGAUAAUUACACCCCUGAUACUAACGAAGAAUCUGAACUAACAGCAGAAAUAUUAAGCAAACUACUAAGUCUUGCUAUUACGGAUCCAGUCGAUGAAAUUAGACUUGAUAUUUUACAAAAUUUGAAUAAAAACUUUGUUCAUCACUUAGCACAACCAGAUAACCUAAGACUUAUUUUUAUAACUCUUCAUGAUCAAUAUUUCCCAAUUCAAAAAGAAGCAAUAAAACUAAUAGGCACGCUGAGUGGGAGUAAUGCCUCUUCAGUUAUUCCAUUUCUUCAGAAGACGAUGUUAGGGUAUCUAUCCAUGUUAAGACACACACACAUAACAAGAAAGAAGGAAGAGACUGUAAUUUUAUUAGAUUUACUGAUUGUUACGAGCCCCACUACCUGUCACCCAUAUUUAAUUGAGGUAUUGGAGGUGUUAUUACUAAAAGUCCAAGACCCUUCAACAUCAGUGGUGUGUACCUCUUUAGAUGUAAUUGGUGACUUAACAAUUGCUGUUGGAACAGAAAUGAGAGGUCACGUUGAUAAAGUAAUGCCUAUUAUUAUAACUGUUCUGCACGACCAAUCAAACAGUAUGAAGAGAGAGGCUGCUUUAAGAACUCUUGGGAAAAUGUCAAGUGCGUCUGGAUAUGUCAUCGAACCGUACCUUGACUAUCGUAAUCUAUUAGGUGAAUUAAUGAGUAUUCUAAAAACAGAUUCCUCAACGGGAGUCAGAACAGAGGCACUCAGAGUACUUGGUAUAUUAGGUGCAUUAGACCCUUAUAAACACAGGGCAGCCGAAUUUAUCACCAAUUCCAAGGCACCAAUAGAACAAAAUGCGCCUCCUAUCGAAAUUGCUCUUUUAAUGAAAGGUAUGUCUCAAUCAAAUGAGGAAUAUUAUCCUAGAGUUGCUAUUACACGAUUAACGAAAAUUUUGAAUGAUUCGACGUUGUCAACACAUUACACGACCUCUACACAAGCUAUAAUUCAUAUAUUACAACUGUUAGGAACACGUUCAACCGUAUUUUUAGACCAAGUGAUGCCAAGUAUUCUAUCUGUUAUGAAAACAUGUCCUCCAUCGCUACUUGACUUUUAUUUCCAACAACUCAGUUCGCUUAUAACGUUGGCAAAACAAGAAAUUGUUCCCUAUGUUGAGGAAGUAUUCACUACAAUCUUUGAAUUUUUCCCUAUUAUAAAACUUCAGAGUACAAUAAUAUCUUUAAUUGAAGUGUUAUCUACGACUAUAAGAAGUGAACUGAAGCAGUAUAUGCCAUUAAUUUUAACUCAUUUUUUGAAUGUUCUAGAGCACGAUAGUUCGGUGAAAAAAACUGUAUCUAUAAAAAUUUUAAAAUGUCUUGUGGCGUUUGAAACAAACCUAGAGGAAUACGUUCAUUUUAUUAUACCUAAAUUGAUAUACCUUGCCGAAUAUUCUAUUGAAUCUCUCAGAAAAAGUGCUAUCUUUACUAUCGGUAAGCUAGCAAGGAUAAUUGAUCUUUCCGAAAUGUCAUCAACUAUACUGCAUACUCUUGUAAGAAUUUUAACCUCCGAUGAGAAAGACUUGAUUAAAGCUACCAUGAAUACAAUUUGUUUCCUACUACUUCAGAUGGAUCAUGAUUUUAUUGUGUUUAUACCAAUAAUUAACAAAACUCUGAUCAAGAAAAAAAUUCAGCAUUCAAUUUACGAUCAACUUAUUAGCCGACUAUUAAAUAACGAAAGUCUUCCAGUAAAUGCUACUGAUAAAAUACCCGGAAUUCAGAAUAAAACUGAUGAACCGGACACUCCACCACUACGAAAUCUAACUGUAAAUGAAGAAAAUUUGAAAGUAUCUUGGGACUGCAGCCAACAGAGAACAAGAGAUGAUUGGCAAGAAUGGUUUAGAAGAUUAUCUAUUCAGUUAUUGAAAGAAUCCCCGUCACAAGCACUUCGUGCAUGUUCUAAUUUAGUAAGUGCCUAUUAUCCAUUAGCAAGAGAUUUAUUCAAUGUGUCAUUUGCUAGUUGUUGGAGAGAAUUGGGCUCUACGUACAGGGACGACUUCAUGAAAUCCCUGAACAAGGCUCUAUCUUCCCUUCAGACUCCACCCGAAAUAUAUCAAACUUUACUGAAUGUUGUGGAAUUUAUGGAGCAUGACUCAAACAUGUUACCACUAACAUCUGAGACCUUAGGUAAAUACGCACAAAAAUGUCACGCUUUUGCCAAAGCUCUCUAUUAUGAGGAACAAGAGCUUACCGAAAAUGCCAAUAGCUCCACUAUUGAAUCUCUCAUAAGUAUUAAUAAUCAACUUCAUCAAACAGAUGCUUCAAUAGGUAUUCUAAAGUAUGCGGAACAACAUCAUGAUAUGCAAUUGAAAGAGACGUGGUAUGAAAAAUUGCAACGUUGGGAAGAUGCUUUAAAUUCCUACAACGAAAGAAUAAAAGAGGGCGACACAUCGUCCCCAGUAAUGCUUGGUAAAAUGAGAUCAUUAUAUGCGCUCGGAGAAUGGACCGAAUUACUCGAUCUAACGAAGGAAAAAUGGAGUUCUGUCACUCAUGAAACACGCCAAAAUAUUGCUCCAUUGACAGCUGGUGCUGUCUGGAACCUAGGCUAUUGGGAUAUGAUGGAACAAUAUGUCAAUCAUAUCACACCAAACACAUUUGAAAGAGAAUACUUCGACGCUAUUUUUUCUUUGCAUAGAAAUAACUUCCACAAAUCAACAGACCAUAUUGAUAAUGCCCGUAAUUUGCUCAUGACAGACAUGUCAUCUUCUUUAAACGAGAGUUACAGCAGAACGUAUGGAUUUGUAAUUCGCUUACAAAUACUUUCUGAGCUCGAAGAAAUAAUUACAUAUAAAAAGUUACCAUUCGACUCAACUAAGAAGCCGGAUAUGAAGGAUACGUGGAAUAAGAGGUUAAUAGGUGUCCAGAAAAAUGUAGAUGUCUGGCAGCAGGCUUUAUUAAUCCGUUCCCUUGUUGUGAAACCAAAAGACGAUAUCAACAGUUGGGUAAAAUUUGCUAAUUUGUGUAGAAAAUCAAACAGAAUGGGAAUGGCUAAAACUGUAUUAAAUAUGCUUGUAGAUAAUUUAGAUGAUCCAGAUCAACCGUACGCUGUGGUAGCACCCCCCCCUGUAGUGUACGCACAGUUGAAGUAUCUCUGGGCUGAUGGGUCCGAAAAGGAUGCAUUAAGCCACCUGAUAACAUUUACAUCCAGAAUGACAAUGGAUCUGGGAUUAGAUCCUACAAAUAUGAUUCGUGAACGCGUAGUGGAAAAGAGCAAUACCUCACCAGAAAAUGUAACUGCUUAUACAAAAUUAUUAUCAAGAUGUUUCCUAAAACAAGGAGAAUGGCGUGCUGCUCUAGAACCAAAUUGGCGCCUUGUUGAUCCAGACUCUAUCUUAGGCUCAUAUCUAUUAGCAACCCAUUUUGACAAAUCUUCUUAUAAGGCAUGGCAUAACUGGGCGCUUGCUAACUUCGAGGUUAUAUCUGUGUCAAGGUCAAAGAAGGUAGAAGUUUCUAAUGACGAACAAGGAUCCAUUGAUACCAAUAAAGACGUAUUGGUAGAUGAUAAAAACCAAUCAAGAAUGGACCUAAUAGGUUCCUCAACUUUUACCGAAAUCGACGAAAAUGAUUACCCUGCUGAAUUAAUUCAACGUCAUGUUGUCCCUGCUAUGAAGGGAUUUUUUCAUUCCAUAGCAUUAUCAGGAGUAAAUUCUAUCCAAGAUGCUUUAAGAUUACUAACGUUAUGGUUUAAAUUUGGUGGACUCCCAGAAGCUACACAGGCAAUGCAUGAGGGGUUUACGUUAAUUAAUAUAGGUACAUGGCUCGAGGUCUUACCACAACUAAUAUCACGUAUUCACCAAGAAAAUAUAAUUGUGAGUAGGUCACUAUUAUCGUUACUCUCGAAUCUUGGGAAAGUUCACCCUCAAGAGCUUGUAUAUCCGUUGACUGUUGCAAUUAAAUCCGAGUCAGUUUCUAGACAAAAGGCAGCUCUCUCUAUAGUUGAAAAUAUGAGAAUGCACAGUUCAGAAUUAGUGGAUCAAGCCGAACUAGUUAGUCACGAAUUAAUUCGUAUAGCUGUCUUAUGGCAUGAAUUGUGGUAUGAAGGUUUGGAAAACGCAAGCCGACAAUAUUUUGGUGAACAUAAUAUCGAGAAAAUGUUUGCUACGUUAGAACCACUACACGAAUUACUACAGGCUGGCCCUGAAACCCUUCGUGAAAUAUCAUUCCAGAACCAUUUUGGUAGAGAUCUGGGAAAUGCUUAUAAAUGGGUAGAAAAAUACAAAGUUUCCAACGAUCUAAGCAAUUUGAAUCAAGCAUGGGAUAUUUACUAUAACGUGUUUAGAAAGAUCAGUAAAUUAGUUCCUGAACUGGAGACGCUAGAGUUACAACACGUUUCUCCUAAACUAUUAAAGGCCAGGAACAUGAAAUUAAGUGUGCCAGGUACAUACCGGAUAGGUGAAGAAGUCAUUACAAUUUCUCAUUUUAAACCUGUUUUUCCAGUAAUUUCGUCAAAACAAAGACCUCGUAAGAUAUCAAUUAAGGGUACUAACGGAAGAGAUUACCAAUAUGCUCUAAAAGGUCAUGAAGAUAUUAGACAAGAUAGUUUAGUGAUGCAAUUAUUUGGUCUUGUGAAUUCGUUAUUACAAAAUGAUCCUGAGUGUUUUAGAAGGCAUUUAGAUAUCCAACAAUUUCCUGCGAUUCCUUUAUCUCCGAAGUCAGGUAUUUUAGGCUGGGUACCAAAUAGCGAUACUUUCCAUGUGUUAAUCAGAGAUCAUAGAGAAACAAACAAGGUUCCAUUGAACAUUGAACAUUGGGUAAUGUUACAGAUGGCUCCUGAUUAUGACAUACUAACGCUGCUACAGAAGGUCGAGGUGUUUGAAUAUGCUAUGGAUAACACUGAGGGCAAUGAUUUGGCAGAUGUGUUAUGGUUGAAAAGCAGAUCAUCGGAGUCCUGGUUGGAACGUCGUACUACAUACACUAGAUCUUUAGCUGUUAUGUCAAUUGUUGGAUACAUUCUUGGUCUGGGUGACCGUCAUCCAAGUAAUCUUUUACUAGAUAAGUAUACAGGUAAAGUAGUCCAUAUUGAUUUUGGUGAUUGUUUUGAAGCAGCUAUACUGAGAGAUAAAUUUCCAGAAAAGGUUCCUUUUAGAUUAACAAGGAUGCUUACAAAUGCGAUGGAAGUUAGUGGUGUAGAAGGUAGUUUUAGAAUUACUUGCGAAAAUAUAAUGAGGGUGCUGAGAGAUAACAAAGAGUCAUUAAUGGCUAUUCUAGAGGCUUUCGCCUUUGAUCCUCUGAUUCAUUGGGGCUUUGAUAUAUCUCGUGAAAAAAUCAUGGAAAUGACAGGUAUUGAGCUUCCGGACACUAACUUAAACGAUUUAUUAAGAAAAGGUGCUAUAACCCAAGAAGAAUUUACAAAAAUGGAGGAGCAGCAAGAUAAUGAAAUGAGAAAUGCUAGAUCUGUACUUGUUUUGAGAAGAAUAACAGCAAAAUUAGUCGGUAACGAUAUGGGGCCUGGGGCCCAAUUAGAUGUACCUGAGCAAGUUGAUAAGUUAAUUCAGCAAGCAACAUCAAUAGAAAAUCUAUGCCAACAUUAUAUCGGCUGGUGUCCAUUCUGGUAG